AGGAAGAAGAAGGAGAAACAAGAAGAGGUGUCAAGGUUCCCAAAUCUUAAGCUCAAAAACGCAGCAUCAACUUCUUCGUAAAUUUUGAACUUCCGGAGUUUUAAACUAAAUAUUUUUAUUGAUUGAAAAAAAUUGUAUGUGGUUACCAAUUUAGUAGCAACCCGGUUCGCUAAUCUAUUUAUUUGGGUUAUGCGGGUUGGAGUGUUACAUAAGCUCACGAAGCAAAAGAUGUCCAUGUUGCAAGAUAGUGAAGAUGAAGAGGAAGCUAGCUCUAGUAACACCAUGAGAGCUUGGGCUCAUGAAAAGUCCCAUUCUGACUUCAAAGUUGAUAUUCCAAUCUUUGAAGGGAAGAAUGACCCGGAUGAAUUUCUUGAGUGGUUAGAGACAGUGGAACGAGUCUUUGAUUUCAAAGAAGUCUCCGACUACAAGAAGGUCAAGAUUGUGGCCUUAAAAUUCCGCAAGUACGCCUCCACUUGGUGGACGAACACCUGCACCAAACGGAUUCGAAGUGAGAAGCCUCCCGUCGACUCAUGGCAAAAGAUGAGGAGUCUCUUGAAGAAGAAGUUCCUACACACUGAAUAUUCCCGAGAGAACUUUGCUAAGAUUCAAACGCUUAGGAAAGGUACAAAAUCCGUGGAAGACGACACCCGGGAGUUUGAGGAACUCCUACUCAAGUGUGACUUGCAAGGGAACGAAGAGCAAAUCUUUGUAAGGUACCUUUUUGGCCUAAAUCUCCAAAUAGCCAAUACGGUGGAGCUGCAAGGCUACACUACAUUUGAAGAACUUACUAAGGUUGCUCUCAAG